AUGCUAGAGACAACAGCUGAUAACCCUGUAAAAGGUUCGAAGCCAAGGACAGAUGCCCAUUUUCGUUUCCUCGACUUACCAUAUGAGCUUCGUAGCAAGAUCAUCAAGUACGCCAUCCGCUCUACAUACUCUACACACGAGCUCGAGGCAUGGCAAAAACUUCGAUACAAUGGAUAUCGCACGGGACGGGAGAUAGAGCCAAAGGACUUCACUAUCAGUUCUACUGGUCUCAAAUGCCAUUCUAUGACAUCGUUCAGUUUUGCUUGUGUGAAUAAGCAACUUCGGCAUGAGGCACUCAACAUCAUCUAUCGGAAUGCGACUGUUUGCGUUCAUGUACACAUCCCCAGAUACGGACCAUUCAGCACAAUUCCGAAAGACAUAUCCAAAACCUAUCGCAUUCUUUGCGGGUAUUCGAUGCUAUUGGAACUGGCACGCGAUAUCACUUUUAUCGUUGACCCACAGCCUGUACGGAGCCAGACAUUGGAGCACAAACUUUGCUCUGCCUUGGACGCAAUAUUUGGGUACAACAGAAAUAUUCUUUGGGGUCUGUUCUUUCUCCUAUGCAUCAUACUUCCACUUGCCUAUGUCGCUCAACUGGCUGGACGGCUUUCCGGUAUUAUGCCUUUUCAAGGAAAACGACAUAGUGAUCUUCAAGCUCUUAUUGAUCUUCUGGUGCAGGCGCCCGGGAGUGAUGCACACUUGAAGCUCAUUAUAUAUCUGGAAGAUUUGCAUCUGCAAGAUCUCGCAAUUGUCCUCCGUUUAUUGAACUUGCGAUGGGGGCCCACCACGUUGGAGGAGGUUUGGUUUGCCUGGCACUAUUCUUAUGAAAUGGUCCGACAGUAUACUAAAGAAGAGUAUGACAAACACUACAAGAAUUUAGUGAUGACUGCUGCGGAGCAAGCUGGAUGCCUGGAGAUUCUCGGUAUUCCUGCGGAAUUUGACGUUGAAGAGACACACCGGGAGGAUGUUCGUGGCACUCAGCACGUCGGGAGGAGCCGAAGAACCUGGAUAGAGAAUAACAAUGUUGAGGUAGUGAUAGAGUGA